AUGGACCUGGGUAACAUAGUUCCUUUUGUUCGUCCUUUUGGGAACAUAUCCUGCGUAAUGCCAGAGACAGAGGCAACCCUCCAACGCAGUGCUUAUGUCACAAACGGCUAUCAGGCACCGAAUCGUUGUGAGAUGUGCGAUGUAUCCUUGCCCGAUGAAGUCUCCAGGAACGAACACAUGCAGGAAACUCGGCACCGCUCCUGCCCUCUUUGCGACAAGUACGUCCCUGUAGGCGAAUUCUACAAUCACGCCUUCGACAAGCACCCGCAUGAACGUUGGAACGAGCAUCAAGUAGCUUGGACGGAUAAGAGAGAUAAGGAGAGCGCACAGUCUUGGGCUAUGAAAGAAGUGAAGAUCUAG